AAAGAGAAUCCUUCCCCAUAGAGAACCUAGACACUGCCAGUUCCAGUGAUUCAGCCACCCCCUGAGGAGGGUCACCCUUCCCUUCCCCCCUCAGCCUGCUCUUUGAGGCGCUGGAGGUCCCUGUGCAUGUGUCGUCCUCUGGAAGUCUACUUGAGUGCACUGAAGAUGAGGAUGAGUUAAUGUGGCAUUAUCCUCAUCGGCUCCGUUGCUGCUGGCUGCUGGCUUUCAUUUGCUUUUCAAUUUCUCUUCUCCUUUUGGCGCUGUGAGUGAUGCAGCAGGACGGGUGUGGCAGUGAGCAGAUUGUGGACGUACUUUCUCUCAGGAACCACAGAGACUUUUGGUUGUCCUCGGAACAUUGUCUAGUCUGUGGAACGAUUGAGCGCAAUGACUCACAGACUGCAUGAGGAGAUCCAUGUGAAACAGCAGCACAUUAUGCUAUGUCCUCCAGACCACAGUCACUCCAAUGGAAUGGAAUCAGGGCUCUGUGACUGGAUGAUCACCAACCUGACCAGGGACAUUGACCCUCGGGGACACCUCUCCAUGCCACAGUGUCAGUGUGAGCCACAGCCACACCUUGGGGUUCCGAGGGACCAGGAAUGGGCCAGAGACGGUAGACGAUCAGCCAGCCAGCAGGGAGGGCAGUGUGAAGACUGUGAGAUGUGUCUGUGGUGUAGGGGAGUCCAACACAAUCCUCAUAACACCAGUGAAGGACUGGAGACUCUCUCAGACAUUAAUGAGAGGCUUCAGCGUUCGCUACAGGGCAUCAUUGAUUGGCUAUCUGUGAAGGACGAGGAGCUAUCUGACAGUUUGCCUUUACAUGGCGAUAUAACAAGCUACAAACAUCAGAGUGAGAUACAUCAGGUUUUCGUUGAGGAGUUAAAGUCUCGGGGACCCUUUAUUUACUCGGUGUUGGAGUCCGCUCAGGCCUUUCUGUCACAAUGUGCCUCUGUGGAUCCAGAUGACAGCAAAGACGUGAGUACUCAACAGCAGAGUGUCGGUCGCUGGGUGUGGAGGCAGGCCGCAGUGGCCGGAGACCUGUGGGAGAGUGUGAUGUCACGCAGUGUUCAGCGCCACAAACACAUGCAGUGUACUCUGGAGCGCCUCACAGAGCUACAGGGGGCUGUGGGGGAGCUGUGCCUGGACAUGGAGCAGGCUGAGGGGGUGCAGGAGGCCUGGGGGCCCAUAGGAGACCUCCUCAUUGACUCACUGCAGGACCACAUCGAUGCCACUAAGUUGUUCCAGGAGGAGCUGACUCAGGGUCAGGAGGGCAUGAAGCAUGUCAACCAGCUAGUCCACCAGCUGACCAUCUCCAGUGUCCCCCUAUCAGAGGACAAAACCCAGGGUCUGCAGCAACUCAACACCAGGUGGAAACUGCUGGAGGAGUCCACUGAGAAGAGGCUGAGGCAUCUGCAGGAUGCCCACAGAGACUUUGGGCCCAGGUCCCAGCACUUCCUCUCUGGUUCAGUGCAGAUUCCAUGGGAACGUGCCAUAUCGCCCGACAAAGUGCCAUACUACAUUAACCAUCAAACCCAGACCACUUGUUGGGAUCAUCCACAAAUGAAAGAGCUCUACCAGGCACUUGCUGAUCUGAACAAUAUCAGGUUCUCUGCCUACCGAACAGCCAUGAAGCUGCGACGUGUACAACAGGCCUUGAGAUUGGACAAGCUGAGCCUUGGCUGUGCGGCAGCGGUUUUCCAGGGCCUGGGGUCGGGGUAUGAUGACCCCGUGACGGACGCUGUUGAGGUUAUGGAUGUCCUGGAGGUCAUCAAUGCUCUGACCAGCCUGUACGAGCAGCUGGAGGAGAAACAUGGCGUCUUGCUCGACAUCCCGCUCUGUGUGGACAUGUGUCUCAACUGGCUGCUCAACGUAUACGACAGUGGCCGUAAUGGGCAGCUGAGAAUCCUAUCCUUCAAGACAGGACUGGUGUGUCUAUGCAAUGCUGAGAUUCAGGAGAAAUGCAAAUAUCUGUUCUGGCAGGUGUCUGGGCCUGGUGGAUGUGCUGACCAGCCACACCUCAAUGCCCUGCUUCAGGAGAUAAUCCAGAUCCCAUGGCAGCUAGGAGAGGUGGCUGCCUUUGGAGGGAGCAAUGUGGAGCCAAGCGUGGCCAGCUGCUUUCGCAUGGCUCCUGGGAAGACCACCAUCCAGCUGUCCCACUUCCUGGAGUGGAUGAGCCUGGAGCCCCAGUCCAUUGUGUGGCUGCCCGUGCUGCAGCGAGUGGUCCAGGCAGAGAACGCCCAACACCAGGCCAAGUGCUCCAUCUGCAAACAGUGUCCCAUCAAAGGCUUCAGAUACAGAAGCCUCAAGCAGUUUAAUGUGGACAUUUGUCAGAGCUGCUUCCUGUCCGGGCGUACUACCAAGGCCAAGGCUUUAAUUUACCCCAUCAUGGAGUAUUACACCCCAACCACUUCAGGGGAGAGGAUGCGUGAUUUUGCCAAAACACUGAAGAACAAGUUCAGAUCAAAGCAGUACUUCAGCAAGCAUCCCCAGAGGGGUUACCUGCCUGUACAGUCUGUCUUGAGGUCAGGGAGUGAGGAGACGCCCAGCUCAUCCCCGAGGCUUCCCCACUCGGACACACACUCCAGGAUUGAGCACUAUGCCUGCAGACUUGCUGAUAUGGAGGACCAGAACUGCUCCUUCUUCAAUGAGAGCUUGGAUGAGGAUCAGUAUCUUGACCGUCUGGAGCAGGACUCCCUGGCCUCCUGUCAUCAUUACCUGGGUUAUACAGGCUGUGAGACCCAGGAUGAGCUGCAGAGGACACUGGCCAUGCUGGAGAAUGAGAACAGGGUGCUCCAGGGGGAGUACCGACGUCUGAAGUGGCAGCACGCUGAGGCCCAGGCAUGUCCACACCUGAGGGAGGGCUCUGUGGACCAGGAGGACUACCAGGACCGGGCCUUGCUGGCUGAGGCCAAAGGCCUGAGGCACCAUAAGGGCAGGCUGGAAACCCGCAUGCAGAUCCUGGAGGACCACAACAAGGAGCUAGAGUCCCAGCUUCACCGGCUCAGGGAGAUUCUACAACAGAACAGAGAGGGUUCAGAGGACAAUGUAUCGACUGGAACACCAUCAUCUGCGUACUCUCCUGUGUCACGAAGAGACCAGCUGGGGAGACAGCUAAGCUCAGGAGCCUCCAACACAGAACCCCCAGGGCCUGCCUUGGAGCCAGAGCAGGGUGUUACAGCCGAUCACCUUCAACAGGUCAUAGAGCAACUGAAAAACGUCUUCCCCUUAGAGACCAGAGAGAACGGUGUUGCAUCACCUUUUUGACUUGUUUGCCAUUCCAGAGACCAGACUGUGAACCUAACAACACCCAUCGUUAACGGAUAGCCUUCAAGAUUCCUCUCACUAUGAUCAAGCACAUAUCACAACUGAGAUCCAUGUGUGUUUUAUCCAGCUUAAUACACAUUGAAAUGAACAAACAGGCUGAUAAUGAAUAUGUUUUCCAAAAUAAGUGUACAUUAUGGAUGUCCAGUGGUCAAAUGUACCACUGAAUGGAAAUGUGUUGUUUCAUGGUGUCAGGCCCAUCUUUGUCUAUGUGUAAUAUUUCAUGAUGUUGAUAUUUUUUUACAUUUUCAAGAAUGAAUAAAUUUACA